GGAGCUGGGAAGACAGUCAAGAUGGCGGCGAAAUCCGAUGGCGGUGGUGUGGGGGUGGGCUUCGCCCAGCUGCACAACCUGGACGAGGCAGUGGGCAGCGGCGGCGAGGAGGACGGGGAGCCCGGGGGAGGCGGUUGUGGCGGCGGCGACGGCAGCGACCCCGGCGAGAGCAGCUCGCUCCACAUCUGCCACUGCUGCAACACCUCCUCGUGCUACUGGGGCUGCCGCUCAGCCUGCCUGCGCUCCCUCCUGGGCAAGAAGCCGCGCCGCAGCGCCGCCGCCUCGGUCGCCGACGGGGGGGACCAGCUGCCGUCGGCCGGGGCCGGGCGCCACCAACCGACGCCUUCAUCUGCGCAGCCCCAGCUGCCGCCGCCGCAAGUGGAGCGGCCGUGGCUCGAUUGCCUGUGGAUCGUGCUGGCGCUGCUGGUCUUCUUCGGGGACGUGGGCACCGACCUGUGGCUGGCCCUCGACUACUACAGCAAGGGCGACUAUGGCUUUUUCGGGCUGACCCUCUUCUUUGUGCUGGUGCCGUCGCUGCUGGUGCAGAGCCUGAGUUUCCGUUGGUUCGUGCAGGACUACACGGGCGGCGGACUGGGCGCUGUGGAGGGGCUCAGCAGCCGGGGCCCCCCCAUGAUGGGGGCCGGCUAUGGGCAUGGCGCCGUCCGUGGCGGGGUCUCAGCCACGCCGGGGGCGCAGCGCCUGUGCCGUCUCUCCGUGUGGAUCUGGCAGGCCGUCAUCCACCUGCUGCAGAUGGGGCAGGUGUGGAGGUAUAUCCGCACCAUGUACCUGGGGAUUCAGAGCCAGCGGCAGAAGGAACACCAGCGACGCUUUUACUGGGCUAUGAUGUACGAAUAUGCAGACGUCAACAUGUUGCGCCUCCUGGAGACCUUCUUGGAGAGCGCCCCCCAACUGGUGCUACAGCUCUGCAUAAUGAUCCAGAAGAACAGCGCUGAGACGCUGCCCUGUGUCUCCUCUGUGACCUCCCUGAUGUCCCUGGCUUGGGUGCUAGCCUCCUAUCACAAGCUGCUGCGGGACUCCAGGGAUGACAAGAAGAGCAUGAGCUACAGAGGGGCCCUCAUCCAACUCUUCUGGCGCCUCUUCACCAUCUCAUCCAGAGUUAUCUCUUUUGCCCUCUUUGCUUCCAUCUUCCAGCUCUACUUCGGGAUCUUUGUGGUGGUCCACUGGUGUGCCAUGGCCUUCUGGAUCAUCCAUGGUGGAACAGACUUCUGCAUGUCCAAGUGGGAGGAGAUCCUCUUCAACAUGGUGGUAGGGAUCGUGUACAUUUUCUGCUGGUUUAACGUCAAGGAAGGGCGGACUCGAUAUCGAAUGUUUGCAUAUUACACGAUAGUCUUGACCGAGAAUGCUGCCUUGACGUUUCUUUGGUAUUUUUACAGAAACCCGGAGACCACUGACUCCUAUGCGGUGCCUGCACUGUGUUGUGUCUUUAUUAGCUUUGUGGCUGGGAUUGCACUGAUGCUCUUAUAUUAUGGUGUGCUGCAUCCCACGGGGCCACGAGCUAAGAUCUUAGCCAGCUCCUGUUGUGCCGAGCUGCUCUGGGGCAUCCCUUUGCCCCCCGAUGUUGAGCCUAUGGCGCCUCAGACCCCUGGGUACCGGGGGACCCAGGUCACGCCCACCAGAGCCGUAACGGAACAACAGGAGGAUCUCACGGCCGACACUUGCUUGCCCGUUUUCCAAGUGAGACCCAUGGGGCCCUCUACCCCGUCGGGGCGUCCUUACCACCCAGAAGGGCCCCUCAUUAAGAUUGACAUGCCAAGAAAGAGAUACCCAGCCUGGGAUGCCCAUUUUGUAGACAGGAGGCUGAGAAGGACUAUUAACAUUCUGCAGUACGUUACCCCCACCGCAGUAGGCAUUCGGUACCGAGAUGGACCGCUCCUUUAUGAAUUGCUACAGUAUGAGUCUUCACUCUAAAAGCAUCUUGACCCAAGUUGAGAAGGGGACCUUAAGUUUGGUUUGCGGUAAAUACCGCUUGCAAGAAGUAUAACCUUCCCUUCCCCCAAUACACAGAACCACGACUACCACCACCACCACUACAAAAAAAAUAAUAAUAAGUCACAACCCCUUCAGAUAAGCUUUCUUUCCAGUCGCUGUAUGUAUACAAAGAUAUUCUCUAUGUUUUGUAAGUAAAAACAAAAAGAAAACCUUUCUUUUGUUUUUUACACAUAAGAAACAGUAUUGAAAAAUCCCACACUAUGGUUCAUAGAGUGGAGAAGAAGGAGUUGUCUCCACUCCAAAAGAAAAAAAGUUUUAUACCUUACACCAAGUGUAGAUCAUAUAUGGGAUUGGUGCUGAUUGAAAGAACAAAACAAAACAAAACAAACAAAAACCUUCAACUGCCUUAUGCCCUUAGGUGCUGAGUUUCAUUAAGUACUGUCAUGUUUUCUCAUGCAAAACUCUCUGGUGAUUUUUGUACCAGGAGCGGUAAAACUAAACAAUCAAAUGAAACAAAUCUAGAAACUAAACAAAAACCAACUAACAAAUAAAACACAAAGCAAUCAUUCUUCCUGAUUACUUGUAUUGAUGAAAACAAAUUUACCAAAAGCAAAGGCAUAGAAAUCCCUCCCUCUUUUCAGUUUCUCUCCCUUCUCCCCUGUCCUUUGUCCCACCUAGCAAGGCUUCUAGGAGCUAAACAGCUGUUUGAAACUCAAAUAGCUGUAGAAGCUACUUGAAGGCUGACUAUGUGCCAUUUUAGCAUUCACCCAGUAAGAAUCACAUUUGUUUCCCGGUGAAAAGCAAAACAGAACAAAACAAAAGCCACCCCAAUAAUUCGAUAAGGACAGGAAAUUCUAAAGCAAAUUAAAAGAGAUUUCCAUAUAUGUGAUCAAAGAGAAUCAGUAAUAAUAAAACUCAGCAUAGUAGCAAAAA